AUGAAACUCUCCACGUGGGAGCCGUACAAGCAGGGGCAAGUUUACGGCAUCGAUGCGGCAUCAGCAGCUGCAGGCGCUCCAGGCGCGAAGCUCUGCAUGCUAGCCGACCGAGUUUGUCCGCCCAGUCUGACGCAAGAACCGCAUGGGAGUGAGGCGAGUGAGGAUGCGAGUGCGACGAGAGCAGGUUUCGUGGUAGGCGUUGACGUGUCGAUGCCAAGGCUGGCAGCCACCAAGACCGUCCUGCGCAAGUACGAGCAGAGGAAUAUCCGACUCUACCUCGAGGAUGGGGCCUCCUUCCUGCCCCCGCGGCCCCGGAUGUGCUCCAAAGAGGCAGCCGAGGAGGAGAAAAUAAGGUUUCUGCGAAGAAUCGCCGAGGCAGAUCGAAGCAUCGGGAAGAGGAGGAAGAGAAGCGCGAGGGAAGUGCCUGUGCAAGACGCGAAGGAAGGAGAGGAAGCUCCUGCCCGAUACUUCUUCGAGACGCCGCAGGCGGGUCAUGGAGGCUUCGACAAGGUUCUCGUCGACGCUGAGUGCACGCACGACGCGUCCUCACGUCACAUGUCCAAGUUUGACAAGUGGGGCUGGUCGACGAUGGAGAGACGUUGGAACAGAGAAGGACGUCUGGACUCCCUCGAGAGUCUUCAACGAGCUCUGCUCGUCAACGGAUUUCGACACCUCAAGGUUGGCGGCUCCCUCAUCUACAGCACCUGCAGCUUCGACAAAAAACAGAACGAGCAGAUCGUCUCCUGGUUCCUGCAGGUCGAGCCCAACGCCCGCAUGGAGCAGAUGCCGUCGCACCUCUCACUCCCCUGCCGCCCAGGAGGCAUCGAGGGCACCUGGUACUUCGACCAGGAGACGUCGGGGACGAGCGGUCUGUUCGUCGCCAAGAUGACGAGGAGGGGAGGAGACAGCUGA